CGCGAUCAUAGAUUGUCGAUGGAAUUGAUUGUCGUCGGCCGUCGUCGUCGACGAGUUGAAUGUCGACCGCGAGCCAACAUAUCGUCGUAGACCACAAACUUUAGAUCUUACUAAAAAGAAUACGGUAUUAAUUUUGUUAGUUAUUCGUCGGGAAGAUAACGUGACAUUCGUGUGGCUGUGUUGUCAUGAGGCAGUGAACUCGAGUGCGUGCGAACUUGAUCAGUUAAAAUGUUCAGGAGUAAAAUACGGAUACAUACAUGCCGGAUAAUAUUGCUCACUUCACUAGUAUGGCUGCUGGUAGACGUAGCGCUCCUCGCCAUGUACUCCGACUGCUUCGGUGAUGGUUGGGACUGCAGCAAAAAGGCGGGCAGUGACAAUGUUAUUCAGGUAAAAGAAGAGUUUAGAGGCAAGAAGGCAGCUAUAGCAGCAGCAUUACAAGGAAACCAGAUUGAUGAUGAUGAUACCAACUUGGAAAUGAAUGAAGUGGAACAGGACAUAGGAGAAGAUGGCAUCAUAUUGUCUCCCUACCCAAGGUCUAGGCUAAAGAGAUGGGAAAAAGCACCAUUUGUGAAACCAGCAGGAGAAUUACCUGGAGAAAUGGGUAAGGCGGUGAAUAUUCCGAUAGAACAAGAGAAGCUGAUGAUGGACAAAUUUCAAGAGAACCAGUUCAACUUACUAGCCAGUGACAUGAUCUCUAUCAACAGGUCUUUGACUGACGUCAGAUUCGAAAAAUGCAGAGACAAACCCUACCCACAAUUACUGCCCACGACGAGCGUGGUGAUAGUAUUCCACAACGAAGCCUGGACAACGCUCAUUCGUACUAUAUGGAGCACGAUCAACCGGUCGCCGCGGCCAUUACUCAAGGAGAUUAUCCUCGUCGAUGACGCCAGCGAAAAGGAGCACCUCGGCAAGAAGCUAGAAGACUACAUAAAGACGCUCCCGGUUCCGACGCAUUUGUUCCGCACGGAGAACAGGUCUGGUCUCAUCCGCGCGCGUCUUCUCGGCGCUAAGCACGUGAAGGGUGACGUCAUCACGUUCCUCGAUGCGCAUUGCGAAUGUACAGAGGGAUGGUUGGAGCCGUUGCUGGCGCGGAUCGUUGAAGACCGGACGACUGUGGUCUGCCCCAUCAUAGACGUCAUUUCCGACACCACCUUCGAGUACAUACAGGCGUCGGAUAUGACGUGGGGUGGCUUCAAUUGGAAACUCAACUUUAGGUGGUAUCGAGUUCCGGAGCGCGAGAUGGCUCGUCGCGGCGGAGAUCGCACGGCCCCGCUACGUACACCCACAAUGGCGGGCGGUCUGUUCGCCAUCGACAAGGAGUACUUCUACCAGAUCGGCUCCUACGACCAAGGCAUGGACAUCUGGGGAGGCGAGAACCUCGAGAUGAGCUUCAGGGUAUGGCAGUGCGGCGGGCGGCUGGAGAUCGUGCCGUGUUCGCACGUCGGUCACGUGUUCCGCGACAAGUCGCCGUAUUCCUUCCCCGGCGGGGUUCAGAACGUCGUGCUACACAACGCGGCACGCGUCGCCGAAGUCUGGAUGGACGAAUGGGGAGAAUUCUAUUACGCCAUGAACCCAGGAGCGCUGAACGUGCCGGUGGGAGACGUGAGCGAGCGUCGGGCGCUGCGCGAGCGACUCAAGUGCAAGAGCUUCAGGUGGUACCUCGAGAACAUCUACCCGGAGAGUCAGAUGCCGCUAGAUUAUUACUAUCUUGGAGAGAUUCGAAAUAGUGAGACUUCCAACUGUUUGGAUACGCUCGGCGGCAAGGCGGGACAACCUCUCGGCAUGGGGUACUGCCACGGAAUGGGCGGGAACCAGGUAUUUGCGUACACGAAGCGCAAGCAGAUUAUGUCUGACGACAACUGUCUGGACGCGGCGAACCCGCGCGGUCCUAUCAAGCUUAUUCGCUGUCACGGCAUGCGGGGCAACCAGGAGUGGACUUAUGACGCUAAGACGCGAACAAUAAAGCACACGAACACAGGCAUGUGCCUGGACAAGCCGGAGGCGGGCGACGUGUGGAAGCCGGUGCUGCGGCCCUGCAGCCGCUCGCGCGGACAGCAGUGGCUCAUGCAGGUCGACUUCAAGUGGCAAGCCAGGCGGGCGGCGCGGGACCUGCCCAGCUAGUGUCCGCACCAUGCAGGAAUGACAACGAUUGACCAUACCAGUCUUCCCCUCUCGUUAGAUAUCAGAUUUUAUUCCUUAUUCCUAUAUCUGAAAUUGAAUAUCUAUUAGAAUUAACGUACCCACAGUGGUCCUGAGAACUGUUGACAAUACAAGAUGAUCGCUGUUAUAUGUUGUAUUCCCUGUAAACGUUGCUCAAUUUAGUAUUGCGUCGGAUGUGUUAGAGUGUGCUUUAUUUGAAAUUGUUUCUUGUUUGAAUAGGCGUAUGUAAUUGCGAGAUAUUUAUUAAAAAUAUAUUAUAUAGUUAUGAAUCACUAUAUUUUGUUGCUUGUCGAAAGCUAGAGUAUUCUAUAGUGAUGCGUUGUAUCGCCUUAUCGCGACUGGUGGUCGAGGCCACGAACGAGCCAUUAGUAAACUUUACUUAUUUAAAUUUAACUAAAAUUACUGUUAAAUAAUGCGAACGCGCAGUAACUCUGUCUGGUGUCCGCAGAAUACUCCAUUCCAUGACCAGUUAAUUCUAGGUAAUUUUAUUCGAGUAGUUAAUGUUUGUCUCUAUGUAUACAAUUUGCUCUUGAUCGUUGAACAUUUUAUUAUAAUUUUUCAAGUGUUUCCAGAUUCAUUCUGUCACUUCUCAAGUCUGAUAGCAUUUACAAUUGUUCUAACAUAUACUCUAUUUUCUAAAUGUGUACAUUAACUUCUAAUAAGUACAUUUCCUAUAACAAUUAGAUCACAACACGUUACUGUCUCGUUGUCUUCUAGUAUUCGUUUAGAAUGUUUUAUGCUCGCGGUGCUAUUACGCCACUACGAUAGGUUACCUUCGCUUGUCGUCAUGUAUCGGUUAGUAAAGCUAGAGGCACUACAGUGCCACCCCAUCAAGGUACUUCCUUCCAGUUGCAACCAAUCUUCCGAUAUAUUAAGUUUUAAAUAGUUUCUUUUAACAUAGUAUCUAUGUGUAACAAACUGUUAGGUUCACUGCGGCCAUUGACUGCUGAGAUUUCCAUACAUAUUAAUGUCCAUUAGAUUGAGUCGACGUGUGUUGUGUUUCGAGAGUUAUCAGAUUGUUGCGAGCACCGCACACUGGUGUGUUAUGCAUACUAUUUCAAGUGUGAGAUUAUUAUAUGUGUAGCUAAGGGUACUGUUUCACUCGCUACUUGUUACAUCUACAAAUUCAUCCAUUUUAUAACAUUGUAGGUGCAACAAGAGCUCUAUAUUUUUGAAAGCGACUGUUGCCUUAAUUAUUUUUAUGAUGUUUCAAAUCAUGGCGUUAUUGAUAGAUGAUAAUAAAGUAAUGAUAAUAUUUUAGUGUAUGUAUGUCAUAUUAAAAAGGCUUGACGGAAUUGCCUUUAUUAUGAUUUUCUCAUAUUAGUAUUUAACGUUAUAGCUUAGUGGAUGUUUUAGCAGAUUUCAUUCCCGUAUUGUUUAUGAUUAUAUAGUUUAUUGUAAUAUAUCUGGCCCUAACAACGAAACAUAUUAAUUAGGCGACAAUAUUUAUAUUCAUUUAGUCAUAAAUAAGUGACAUUAAUUUAUUUCGGUUUGUAAAAUUUGAAUGAUUAGGUUGAACACAAAGGGCCGAGACUAUUCCUCUCGACGCCGAAUUAUUUAUGUACAUGAAUUUGGAUGUAUUUAAAUUGGUUAGUGAAUUGAGUUAUAUCGCUUUGUACUACUUAUUUAUUUCAUUAAUUAAUAAACGUAAGAUCAUAUCACUAUGUAAAAUAAAAUAAAUGUAAAUUUAUGAUAGUAGUAGAAAAUUUGCAAGUUUAUUUAUUUACCUAAAUUGUAUACAGUACAUCACAGUCUAUAGUUGUAUAAAUAUACAGUAAAAUUAACGAUAAAUAUAGAUUUCGAGGAUUUCUGUUUCACCCGACACUGUUUUGUAUAUUGUUUAACGUUUUUAACUUGAGGGUCACGCCGGGUCAGGCGCCGCGUAGUCAUGCCCACGAUAUUGUAAUUAUAUUUGUACAUAAGUUGUUACGUCAAGAUUCGUCCUUAUAAUACACCACAAUGACGAUGUGUUCAUCGCGCAAGCAUUUAUUUGUCUAAGGUUUGAAUCUCAAGAUAUAUUGAUGGAUUAAUAACCAUAAGUGCCAAAUUAAUCAUCAAUGACUGUGUUUUAACAUACAUUCACCAUUCCAAUAAACAAAACAAAUCUAUAUUGUGACUAUGACAAUUGAAAUAAAUUAUUUGGACUGAA